AUGUCUGGACUUUUACAAACCGGCUCAACAUUGUGCAGUUCUCAACGAUCAACAAACUCUGCACAUACACAAUUAAAACCUAUUUUAAUGGCUAGAAACUCUUCUCUUGGAGAAAAUGUACCUCCUUCUAAUGGCUCUUCUGAGAAUCGACCACAACAACAACAACAAAACCAUCUUGCCCCUCCCCCAGUUGCUCCAGACAGUCCUCGACCACAAAAAAGUGAUCAAUCUCCAUUGGCCUCUGUUGGUUUAACUGUCCCUCUGCCAAGUACUGGUGGUAAUACAACCAAAAAAUGAUUUUGAAAAUAAAUUUG